UUUAACAUCCCAUCUCAAUCACCAGAAGAAUUCCAAAAAAAAAAAACAAAAAUCCUCCAUUUUCAAAACCUCGUUUCUAUUUUCAAAUCUCUCUCUUUCAGAUCUGCUCUUUCGUAUCUCUCCUUCCGAUUUCAGUUCAUUUUUCCUUUUCCAUGAGGAUAUCUUCUUUUAUUAGGAAUAUGAUCUUUGGAUUUGAGUUCUGAGAGGAGGAAAAGAGAAAGAAGGAAGACAAUUAUAGGAAGGAUUGGAUGGGGGCCGUGCCUUCUACGCCGCGGACGAACGCACGGCCGCACGACACGGCGGAGUACCUGAUCGGAGUCUUCGUUGGGAAUAAACCCUUCCCUCUCUCCUCUGAUUUCUGGCAGAAGCUUCUCGAGCUCCCUCUCACCCUCCGAUGGCCCACCAACCGUGUCCUCGAUGCCUGCCAGAUCUUCGCGCAGAACAACUAUUAUACAAGGCACCUUGCAAAGAUUUUGAUUCAUCUGGUAUGGUGUUUGCAAGAAUCUAUGUCAACUUCGGCUGGGUCAUCAACAGUUUCUAUGAAGGCUAUGAAUGCAGCAUAUAUAUCAUCCAUAUUUCUUAAGUACUUGAUUGAGAAUGCAAAAAGUGAUAAUUUUGAGGAGUUGUAUCCCUUCCUUGAUGAAGGUGAAGCCGCACAACAUGGUUUUCCAAAGGACCAAAGUAUUGAAAGUUUUGUUAUGCAUGGUGUGCUUAGUUUUAUCAGCACGUCAGAUGUAAGUCCCUACACAUGCCUCCUCCAUUACGAACUGCUGAAUUUGAUGCUUGUGGCCAUGUCUACUCAACUUUGUUCUGGACCAUCUCCGGGGGUGAAAGAUGUGCAUCCAUUCAUUGAUGCAGCAAUGAUUCAGGAAGGUGCUUUGGUAGGUUCUGUUGUUCGUAGAUUGCUGCUUAAUUAUAUCACACGACCACGGGUUCCUUUAAAUGGUUCAGCUUAUCCCAUUUUUUCUGAAGGAAGUCAGCCUGGUGUUUUACAAAAAGUUGGUUCUGCUGCUGCAAGUUUUGUACUGUUGCCAUAUUACACUUUCAAUUAUAUUGUCAGUUCAAGUGGUGAAGGUUCAAGAAGCCCGUUGGCUGAUCACAGUCUACUUGUUUUACUUAUUCUCAUUCACUACCGAAAGUGUGUUUUGGUGGAUGAGUCCACGACAAAUAAAACUGAUGACAGUGCCAACUCCAAUUCUUAUCUGAAAGAGGAAAUGUACUUCUCUGACAACCCUUACCGCAAGGCCUUAGAAAAUGCUAGGGAUAUUGAAUUUGAUCGUGUUGAUAUUGAGGGCAAUGCUCACAGUGGACCACUUGUGAGAUUGCCUUUCGCUUCUUUAUUCGACACCCUUGGGAUGUGCUUGGCUGAUGAAAGUUCUGUCCUGCUGCUCUAUUCAUUGUUGCAUGGGAACUCUGAUUUUUUGGAGUAUGUCCUGGUUCGAACUGAUUUGGACACACUGUUAAUGCCUAUUCUAGAGACGCUUUACAAUGCUUCAAGAAGGACGUCUAAUCAAAUAUAUAUGUUGUUGAUUAUCCUUCUUAUACUAAGUCAGGAUUCAUCUUUCAAUGCCAGCAUUCACAAACUGAUACUGCCAAAUGUUUCAUGGUACCAAGAGCGGCUUCUCCAUCAUACUUCCCUUGGUUCUCUGAUGGUUGUUAUACUCAUAAGGACUAUGAAGUACAACCUCUCCAAGCUGCGGGAUGUUUAUCUCCAUACAAACUGCCUUGCAACUUUGGCAAAUAUGGCACCACAUGUUCACAGGUUGAGUGCCUAUGCAUCACAGAGGCUGGUCAGCCUUUUUGACAUGCUUUCUCGCAAGUAUACCAAAUUAGCAGAACUAAGGAAUGAUAAGAUUCUUAAAGCUAAAGCAAACUCAGUAGAAGGGGGCAGCUUAGCAGAAGAAAUGUCGACAGAGUUGCAAAUUUACACUGAUUUCCUAAGAAUUGUACUUGAAAUCAUAAAUGCCAUCCUUACAUACGCCCUGCCUCGCAAUCCUGAGGUUGUGUAUGCAAUAAUGCACCGACAGGAGGUCUUUCAGCCUUUCAAGAAUCACCCACGUUUUACUGAGCUGCUUGACAACAUUUAUACUGUAUUGGAUUUCUUCAAUAGUCGCAUGGAUGCUCAACGAAUGGAUGGUGAAUGGUCUGUGGAGAAAGUUCUCCAAGUCAUAAUCAUUAAUUGUCGAUCAUGGCGUGGUGAAGGGAUGAAGAUGUUUACUCAGUUACGAUUCACAUAUGAGCAAGAGAGUCACCCUGAGGAAUUCUUUAUUCCAUAUGUAUGGCAGCUAGUUCUGUCUCAUAGCACUUUCAGUUUCAAUCCUGCUGCCAUAAAUUUGUUUGUUGCUGAUAUGCCCAUGGAAAACACUCAAACAGAGGAGAAAUCCGAUACAAUCCAGACAGGUGAAUUGCAUGUAUAGGAUGGAUGACGUACCCAGCAGCGUGAGGUUCAGUUGUAGCGUGGUUGAUGGGGACUGCUCGGCUAUUAUGUAAAUACAUAUGUAGAAUUUAGUAGUAUGUAUUCUUGUCAUUCUUUAUGUUAAUAUGAUAUAUGAACCUGCAAAGGUUGUGAGGGCAUGUUACACUGUUCCCAUCCUUUCAUAAAUUGAGUAGAGAUGUCUAUGUAUUUCAAUAAGACAGUUUUACAGGUUUCUCCUCA